CCACUAUUUUCACCACCAAAGAAUAUCAGUGUGAUUUUAAUAUGAUUUGACUCUUUGCAGGCUGUCAGGCUGUCUAGUUACAGAGGAAGGCUGCGCUUCUAUGGUCUCGGCUCUGAGGUCAAACCCCUCACACCUGAGAGAGCUGGACCUGAGCUACAAUCACCCAGGAGACUCAGGAGUCAGACUGCUCUCUGCUGGACUGGAGGAUCCACACUGCAGACUGGAGAAACUCAAUGUGGAACAUGGUGGAGAGAACAGAAUGAAACCUGGGCUUAGAAAAUAUGUCUGUGAUCUCACACAGGACCCAAACACAGUAAACAGACACCUCUCUCUGUCUGAGGAGAGCAGAAAGGUGACAUGGACGACAGAGAAGCAGCCAUAUCCUGAUCACCCAGAGAGAUUUGAGGACUGUGGACAGGUGUUGUGUAGAGAGGGUCUGACUGGGCGCUGUUACUGGGAGGUAGAGUGGAGUGGGAUAAUGGGGGCUGUUAUAGGAGUGACAUAUAAAGGAAUCAACAGGAGAGGAUGGGGUGAUGACAGUAGGCUUGGAUGCAAUGACAAGUCCUGGUGUCUGACCUGUCCAGUACAACAGUUACUAUGCCUGUCACAAUAAUAAUCCCACUACCAUAGACGUCCCCUCCUCCAGCUCCCACAGAGUAGGAGUGUAUCUGGACUGGCCAGCCGGCACUCUGUCCUUCUAUAGAGCCUCCUCUGACACACUGACCCACCUGAUCACAUUCACCUCCACAUUCACUGAGCCCCUCUAUCCAGGGUU